UGGAGGCAGCGGCGGCGGCGGUGAGGGCGCGGAGUGGCCGGAGGCGAAGGGAAAAGGAAAGUGUGUGAAUCGCCGAGAGGUAGCGCGGUGGUUGCUGUGAGGAUUCCGGGUGCUGAGCCGCCAGAAACCCUGUCCUAGGGGCUUGGGCAGGGAAGGAGAGGCCGAAGCCGGGCGGGGAGCCUGAGGCCGGAGCCCAGGAGGAAUGUGACCGGGGGUCGGCGGUGGCGCGGCGGAACGCGAGCGCCAGGAUGGGGCAGCAGGUGGGCCGCGUCGGGGAGGCUCCCGGGCUCCUCCAGCCUCAGGCGCGUGGGAUCCGCGGCAGCAGUGCGGCUAGGCCCUCGGGCCGCCGGCGGGACCCUGCGGGGCGGACCGCGGAGACCGGCUUCAAUAUCUUCACCCAGCACGAUCACUUUGCCAGCUGUGUGGAGGAUGGAUUUGAGGGAGACAAGACUGGAGGCGGUAGUCCAGAAGCUUUGCACCGCCCCUAUGGUUGUGAUGUUGAAUCCCAGGCCCUGAAUGAAGCCAUCAGAUGGAGCUCCAAGGAAAACUUACUGGGAGCUACUGAGAGUGACCCUAAUCUUUUUGUUGCACUUUAUGAUUUUGUAGCCAGUGGUGAUAACACACUCAGCAUUACUAAAGGUGAGAAGCUACGAGUCCUUGGUUACAACCAGAAUGGCGAGUGGAGUGAAGUUCGCUCUAAGAAUGGACAGGGUUGGGUGCCAAGCAACUAUAUUACCCCAGUGAACAGCCUAGAAAAACAUUCCUGGUACCAUGGACCUGUGUCACGCAGCGCAGCAGAGUAUCUUCUCAGCAGCCUCAUCAAUGGCAGUUUCCUGGUGCGAGAAAGUGAGAGCAGCCCUGGGCAGCUGUCCAUCUCGCUCAGGUAUGAGGGGCGUGUGUAUCACUACAGGAUCAACACCACCACAGAUGGCAAGGUAUAUGUGACUGCUGAGAGCCGCUUUAGCACCCUGGCAGAGCUUGUUCAUCACCAUUCCACAGUGGCUGAUGGGCUAGUGACAACAUUACACUAUCCAGCCCCCAAGUGUAAUAAGCCAACAGUCUAUGGUGUGUCCCCCAUCCAUGACAAAUGGGAAAUGGAACGGACAGAUAUUACUAUGAAGCACAAACUUGGAGGUGGUCAGUAUGGAGAGGUUUACGUUGGUGUCUGGAAGAAAUAUAGUCUGACAGUUGCUGUGAAAACAUUAAAGGAAGACACCAUGGAAGUAGAAGAGUUCCUAAAAGAAGCUGCAGUGAUGAAGGAAAUCAAGCAUCCUAAUCUGGUACAACUAUUAGGUGUGUGCACUUUGGAGCCACCAUUUUACAUAGUGACUGAAUACAUGCCAUAUGGAAAUCUGCUUGAUUAUCUUCGAGAAUGCAACCGAGAAGAAGUGACUGCAGUUGUACUUCUUUACAUGGCCACUCAGAUUUCUUCUGCAAUGGAGUAUUUAGAGAAGAAGAAUUUCAUCCAUAGAGAUCUUGCAGCACGUAACUGCCUAGUGGGAGAAAACCAUGUGGUUAAAGUAGCUGACUUUGGCUUAAGUAGACUGAUGACUGGAGAUACCUAUACUGCUCAUGCUGGAGCCAAAUUUCCAAUUAAGUGGACAGCACCGGAGAGUCUUGCCUAUAAUACCUUCUCAAUUAAAUCAGAUGUCUGGGGUAAGGUUGGCAUGUUUUUCUUGAUAUAUAAUAUGCAGAAAGCUCUGAACCAUAAAACAAAUGGCAGCUUCUUCCUAGCAGCAGAGGUAGCCGAGGAGCUGGGGAGAGCUGCCUCCUCGUCAUCUGUUGUUCCGUACCUGCCCAGAUUACCUAUACUUCCUUCUAAGACAAGAACACUGAAGAAACAGCUGGAGGACAAGGAGAACACUGAAGGAUCCCAAGAUGCUACAGAGGAUCCUGCUUCCAGUUCAGCACCAGGGUUCAUUAGAAGUGCACAGGCCUCCUCUGGGUCCCCAGCACUGCCUCGAAAGCAAAGAGACAAAUCACCCAGUAGCCUCUUGGAAGAUGCCAAAGAGACUUGCUUCACCAGAGAUAGGAAGGGGGGUUUCUUCAGCUCCUUCAUGAAGAAGAGAAAUGCUCCCACACCCCCUAAACGCAGCAGUUCCUUUCGAGAAAUGGAGAAUCAGCCCCACAAGAAAUACGAACUCACGGGGCUUCCAGAGCAGGACAGGAUGGCAAUGACCCUUCCCAGGAACUGCCAGAGGUCCAAACUCCAGCUUGAAAGGACAGUGUCCACCUCUUCUCAGCCAGAAGAGAAUGUGGACAGGGCCAGUGACAUGCUUCCAAAAAAAUCAGAGGACAGUGCUGCUCCAACCAGGGAGAGACCAAAAGCCAAACUAUUGCCCAGAGGAGCCACAGCCCUUCCUCUGAGAGCUCCCUCUGGGGAUCCAGCCAUUACAGAGAAGGACUCUUCAGGGGUGGGGGUGCCUGGAAUAGCAGCUGCCCCCAAGAGUAAGGAGAAGAAUGGUGGUACACGACUUGGGGCGGCUGGAGUCGCAGAGGAUGCAGAGCAGCCGGGUUGGUCUUCUCCAGCUAAGGCUGCAGCUAUCCUCCCAACCACUCACAACCACAAAGUGCCAGUCCUGAUUUCACCCACUCUGAAACACACUCCAGCUGACGUGCAGCUCAUUGGCACAGACUCUCAGGGGAAUAAAUUCAAGCUCUUGUCUGAGCAUCAGGUCGCAUCCUCUGGAGACAAGGACAGACCCCGACGGGUAAAACCAAAGUGUGCCCCACCUCCACCACCGGUGAUGAGACUACUGCAGCAUCCAUCCGCAUGCUCAGACCCUGCAGAAGAGCCAACUGCCCCGACUGUAGGACAGCCCACUUCAGAAACCCAGGAAGGCGGGAAAAAGGCAGCUACUGGAGCUGUGCCUAGCAGUGGGAAACCUGUGAGGCCAGCGAUGCCUCCACCUCAAGUGCCUCUGCCCACACCUUCCAUCUCGCCAGCCAAAAUAGCCAAUGGCACAGCAGGUACUAAAGUGGCUCUGAGAAAAACCAAACAGACUUCUGAGAAAAUCUCCGCAGACAAAAUCAGCAAAGAGGCCCUGCUAGAAUGUGCUGACCUACUGUCCAGUGCGAUUACGGAACCUGUACCCAAUAGCCAACUGGUAGACACUGGACACCAGCUGCUUGACUACUGCUCAGGCUACGUGGACUGCAUUCCCCAGACUCGCAACAAAUUUGCCUUCCGAGAGGCUGUGAGCAAACUGGAACUCAGUCUGCAGGAGCUGCAGGUUUCUUCAGCAGUUGCUGGUGUACCUGGGGCAAACCCUGUCCUUAAUAACUUAUUGUCAUGUGUACAGGAAAUUAGUGAUGUGGUGCAAAGGUAGCCACUGUUAGCCUAACAGGAGAUGCACACAUUUCUGAGGGAGAAGGACUUUAUUUCCCUUUGAUCUUAUUUUCAAAAAAAUGAGACUGAUACUUGAGUGUGUUUAUGUGAAGUACCUCAGAUCCCUGGGUUCUCACGUUUACAGGUUCAUCUCAAAAAAAUCACAAAAGGCAAGCCACAUACGUAUGAGAGUGGUAAAUUCAGUGAAGGCAAGACAGUGGUGGAAAGCGUUGGAAAAUGCACUGGAAAAUCAGGGAACUUGUGUCUGUCAUAGAAAUAAGAAACGUAGCCCUUUCCUGCCUGGAAGAGCGAACAUGCUAGUCUGGCUGCACUCACUUGGGUAUUGGUCUGGGCUCUGGUAGUAUAAUUGUGCUCCAAAUCUCUUUAACAGUUUAGGAGAACAGAAGAAAAGUAACAUGAGAAGUUCUAUUCAAGAUUGUUGGAGGUGGCUUUUGGCCUUGCUUCCACAGGUCAAUGCUGCUGUAGUAAGAACUGCAAAUCAGAUUACAAGAGUACAAAACAAGGAAAUAUGGCCUUGUCUUUCUGUUCCUAUCCUGAUUUCCAUUGUUGCAUUAGUUGGUACAGGAAUGCUGAAAAAUUUACUGAGGGAGGUUAAAAUCUCCUCCAAAAAUCUUACAUUAAAAGCAGUCAUUUCCCCCAGUCUCUAGUAUAUUGUUUACUAUGGACCAGGAUCGACUUUCUGCUUUGUU